AUGUCUGAAGACAUAUCUGAUGACAUCCCACCUGAAGAAAAACCUGAAAUAAUGAAAAUGCCCAGCAAUGAGGUAUUGCCUCAUGAAUCAGUGUCACACCUCGUAGAAGCUGAAAUCUUGCCUGAGUCUUCACAAGAUGAACAUGGACAGGUCUCUCAGAGUGGCAGUAAUAGACAAGAAGGAGACAUAUUACUUAAUGAAAACCCUUUGACUGAAAAAAUAGUUGAAACUCUGCCUUCCAGUGAAGAGGCAACUGAAGACGUGCACACUGAGUGCAUUGAAACUGUAAGCCUUGAUGCAGAACCUGAAUCUGAGCAAGCACUGCAUGAACAAAGCAGUCCAACCACAGACUCUUCAUCUAAAGCAAGUAGAUGGGGAGCUUGGGGUACCUGGGGAAAAUCUCUCCUGUCAUCAGCUUCUGCCACAGUGGGUCAUGGGAUAACAGCAGUAAAGGAAAAAGCAGGAACUACCCUAAGGAUUCACAGCACAAGUUCAGCAUCUUCAGAAACAGCAGAGCCUCCUGCAGCUGAAACCCCAAUCACACAAGCAGAAGAUUCUCUGGACCAAAGCACUUCUGAGAAUAUUCCUUCUUCUCCUUCAUCUGGAUCUCGUGGCAUGCUGUCAGCUAUAACUAAUGCUGUACAGAACACAGGGAAAAGUGUAUUAUCUGGAGGUUUAGAUGCUUUGGAAUUUAUUGGGAAGACAACCAUGAAUGUCCUUGCAGAAAGUGAUCCUGGAUUUAAGAGAACCAAAACACUGAUGGCAAGAACAGUUUCUCUGUCUCAGCUGCUGAGAGAAGCUAAAGAAAAAGAGAAACAGAGACGGGCCCAGCAAGUUACAGCUGAAAGAACAGCACAUUAUGGACUACUUUUUGAUGAGUUCCAAGGUUUGUCUCAUCUUGAAGCUCUGGAAAUCCUGUCAAAUGAAAGUGAAGCUCAGAUUCAGUCAUAUUUAGCAACACUUGACGGAGAACAGUUGGAGACUGUGAAAAAUGAUUUAAUUGCUAUAAAGGAGAUUUUUGUUCCAAAGGAAUCAGAUGAUGAAGUGGUGCAGGCACAAAAAGCAGAUAUGGGAGAAGAGUUUGUCAGCAUGCUCACAGAACUGCUGUUCGAAUUGCACGUCGCUGCUACUCCUGACAAACUUAAUAAGGCUAGGAAAAAAGCUCAUGAAUGGCUGGAGGAAGCCAGUUCUUCCCCCCCAGCAGACAUAGAUGAGACACUGAAAGAAAAACCUGCAGAAGCUGGUGAAGAAAAGACUGAAAAAGAUGAUAAAAUUGACAGUGAUAAAGCGGGAGGAGAUAAAAAGAAAACUGUGGAGGAAAUCUACAUGCUGUCCAUUGAAAGUCUAGCUGAGGUAACUGCUCGUUGUAUUGAACAGCUUCAUAAAGUAGCAGAAUUAAUUCUCCAUGGGCAAGAAGUAGAAAAAACAGCUCAAGAUCAAGCAAAAGUACUGACAAAUUUAACAAGUGCCAUGUGCAAUGAAGUUUCAACUUUAUCAAAGAAGUUUUCUGAUUCUGUAACAGCAGCUGGGAGCAGUAUGAAGGCAGAGGAUCUUAACCCCAUCCUCAACAGUGUGCUAUUAGAGGGCUGCAACAGCACUACUUAUAUUCAGGAUGCUUUCCAGCUAUUGCUGCCAGUCCUGCAAAUCUCCCAUAUCCAGACCAGCUGUUUGAAAACCCACGAGUGA